AUGUACGCACAGUGCAUGGAGGUGGGCAGGGACAAGUGCCUGCCUGUGUACUAUGAGCAUUUGGUGCUGCACCACCGGCGCUCAAUCAAGCGCAUCCUAGACUUCCUGGGCAUCACCUGGAAUGACACAGUCCUGCACCAUGAGGACCUCAUUGGCAAGCCUGGGGGCGUCUCCUUGUCCAAGAUUGAGCGAUCCACGGACCAGGUCAUCAAACCCGUGAACUUGGAAGCACUCUGCAAGUGGACCGGCCACAUCCCUGGAGAUGUGAGGGAUAUGGCCCAGAUUGCCCCCAUGCUGGCUCGGCUUGGCUAUGACCCAUAUGCAAAUCCGCCCAACUAUGGGAACCCUGACCCAACUGUCAUCAACAACACACACUGGGUCUUGAAAGGAGACUAUAAGACGCCAGCCAAUCUGAAAGGAUAUUUUCAGGUGAACCAGAACAGCACCUCCCAGCACCUGGGAAGUUUGUGAUGUCCAGGGCUCAGAUGUUGUGUGCACACAGAAGUUGGACUAACCCGAAAACAUUGCUUCCCCUCGGUCAUGCCAUGGUCUGCGGAAAUCGAGCAUUCAUCUCAGUGGAAACAAACGUGGAACCUCUGCCUUUGGAUGCUUCAGAGUGGACAUCGAGGAGGAGACUACUUCAGCUUCAGAAACUUAGGAAUUUUCUAUUUUUUUUCUCCUUGAGAACUUUUUUUUAAAGAAUUGAAUUUGCUAUCUCCCCUGGUGAACAGGCUCCUUUGGUGGCCUCAUUUCCUGGGACAAGACUGGUGACCCAUGACCGGUUCGUCUCCUUGACUUGGACUCUGAACUCAGAGGAUCUAUUUAAGAGUUUAAUAUAUGGGCUUUCCUCCAUCCUUUAGUCCUACUCAGUUUCACAGAGAGAAGAAUUUAUUUGAAUAAAGUAAACAGGCUGCUGUCUGUGCA